CUCCUGCUCCUGCCUUUCCCCAGUUCUCCUCCGACGUCCCCACUUCUCACCCACAGCAGCAACAUCUUCAUCAGCUGAACAUGCAGCACGCUGCCGUCUUUCAGUCAGGUAGUUUUCUCUCUAUAAAACAUUCCAUAGCAACAAAUGGACACGACUUGGAAGCAGCGUACUGAUAUCUUGUCGUUUCUAUAGUAAUGGCUCAGCAACAACAACAGCAGCAGCAACAACAACAGCAACAGCAGCAGCAGCAGCAGCAAGAAGCAUCGUCUUUUGGUAAAAAAACUCAAUCCAAAGCAGAAAGACGUGCAGAACACAACGCGAUCGAACGUGCAAGACGUGAGAGUUUGAAUUCAAAGUUCCAACAGCUGGCCCAUGCCCUGCCUAACCUACAGAAUGACCGCCGGCCUUCCAAGGGCACGAUCAUUGAGCGCACUUUAGAAUAUGUGAAAAGCACAGUAACCAAAGAAGAACGCUACAAGCAUCAAAUCCGCCAUCUUUUACGCGAAAACCGCCGCAUGCACCGUGACCUUCAGCGCCGCAAACGCGAUCCAGAAAGCCAAAGCAUCGCCUCGUCUGUCUCCUCUGAAGAGGAUGUCAACCAUCACUACAACAGCUACCCUGCUUCGCUUGUCUCCUCAUCGACCCCGACGCCCACCAUGUCCUCCAGAAACCUUACCGACUUUGAUAGGGUGAUGGGUGGCCCUGGCGCUCAGCAGCAGCAACAGCAACAGCAAGCUAUGAUGCCGUGGGAGAUUUACUCCACCGAGGCCUGCUCACCCAUGGGCUCCUCUUCACAACAAUCUUUGUACGAGGACAAAAGUGAUGACGAUAGCGACGACUUUGACCCAACGGGUGGCUACUGGAGCAACCCCACACCCGAGCCACAACAUCAACACUAUCCUCCACCUGCACCCACUAUGCCAAUGAUGAUGAGCUCUGCUGACUAUGUCGUCAUGGCAAAAGGUAAUUGUCAACAAUAGAUUGAUUGUACUAGCCCUAUUUCCCAACCCACUUUUUAAAUGACUUACACAUGGGAAACUGUUGUUAUCCACUAGCUGCUCAGCAACAGCAACAGCAUCAUCAUCAUCAACAACAACAAUUACAACAACACCAUCAUCAACAACUUCAACAUCCCCAAUGCAUGCAACAACAGCAGCAGCAGCAACAGCAGAUGAUGAUGUCUGAAUAUCACGUCAAGAUGGACAGCAUGCCACGGCCGCGUCAGUAGAGCUGUAUCUCGCUCACAC